CAAUAUAAACCGCGAAGAACGUAUGUCGCAACGUGUUCAGUUGGAUAUCUCUGGUGAUGACAAUUCAAGUCGUCACAAACUUUGUGAGGUCAGAACCGUUAGUUGUUUGGUAUUACCUACCCAGACAUUGAAAUACGACGAACUUUGCAACCGAUAUCCUCAUUUACGUGGGCUUCCGUUGAAAGACUAUGAACUGAUCCAACCAAAAAUGCUGAUCGGACUGGACAAUCUCCGCUUGGCUGUCCCACUCAAGAUCCGUGAAGGUGGACCUUUGGAUCCGGUAGCAGCAAAAUGCAGACUCGGCUGGAGUAUAUAUGGGUGUGUAUCAGGAACAUCGACGCCACGAGCAGUUGUUCAUUUCCAUGUGGCUGCACCUGCUGAUUGCGAUAGCCAGCUCAAUGAGCAGCUUCGAAACUACUUUGCACUAGAGGACGUGGGAACUACCGACAAGAAUGGGGUGUUGGAAUCCGAUGCAGACAUACGAGCGAGAGACAUAUUGGAGAAAACAACACGGCGUACUGAAAUGGGAUUCGAAACCGGACUUUUGUGGCGUGACGAUGAUAACGACUUUCCGGAUAGUUACCCGAUGGCAGUUCAUCGAUUACGCUCCCUAGAACGUAAGCUAGCGAAGGACCCAACACUACGAGAACGAGUUCAGGAACUGAUUGCCGACUACUUGCGAAAGGGAUACGCUCAUAAGUUCAACGGGCAACAAAAUUCUUCCAGCUGUUGUAACUGAACACGCUACGCUCCGUAGCAGUUGGAAAAUGGCGCAAUACAUCGUUGGAGAAUUUUGGAAGAGGUGGAUAAAGGAGUAUC